CAGAGUAUAUCAGAAGAGAUUUCAGCGAAUGAUAUUGAUUAAGCCAUUUGACGAAACCAACGCUCAAGGAAUACAAAAACGAAUAAGAAUAUAAAAUUUUGGGUGAGAUUAUUUAAAAAGAAAAGGAAUUGUCAUUAAAAGAAGUUAAUUAUAAUAUAUUGGAAGAUGUCUUUGUCAAAGAUUGAGUUUGCCGUCGACAUGACUUGUCAAAAAUGCGUUAAUGCUGUACGAGAGAGUUUAUCAGAUUUGAAUGGUAUUCAAAAUUUAGACAUUUCGUUGGAACGUGGAACAGUUGUUGUUGAAACCAAUCAUCCCUUUACAUUGAUACAAGAAAAAAUAGAAAAAUCGGGAAAGAAAGCUGUUUUCAAAGGAUAUGGAGAAAACAGUUAUAGCGCAGUUUCAAUGUUAGGAGGUAACUCUGGAUAUAGCAUAAGCAAUGAUAUAAAAGGUGUAAUAAGAUUUGUACAAACUUCAGAAGGUUGUAUAAUAGAUGGAACAGUUGAUGGACUUGAACCUGGACAACACGGUAUACAUAUACAUGAAUGUGGUGACAUUUCUGAUGGAUGUGAAAGCGUGGGAGAACAUUUCAACCCCCAUAAUAGCAUACAUGGUGGACCUGAAGACGACAUAUCUAAAAAGCACAUUGGUGAUCUUGGAAACAUAGAGGCAGACAAUGAUGGAAGAGCUUUAUUUAGAAGAAUCAAUAAAUUCCUUCGAGUGCCAGAUAUUAUUGGAAGAUCACUUGUUAUUACUGACAAACCAGAUGAUUUAGGAAAAGGCAAUAAUCAACAAUCAAUAAUAGAUGGAAAUAGUGGACAGAGAUUGGCUUGUGGAAUUAUCGCUCGUUCAUCUGGUUUAUUUCAAAAUACAAAGAAAAUAUGUGCAUGCGAUGGCCUAACUAUUUGGGAUGAAAGAGAACGUGCUAAUUCUAAUCAAAUGGAGUCUACAAAAUACACGAGUAAUAAAAUAUCAAGCCUUUAAAUACACCUGUGGAUUACAUUCCAAUUAUUGACAAAGGGAUAUAUGAUAUAUUCCAUUUGAUCUAAUGUGAUAUCAUAAAGAACGAUUUACAUGUAAAUACUUUGUAAAUAAUAUGGAACGCCCAUUUUCUUUUUCGUUCUAUAAGGAAGUUAUAAUAAAUGAGGAUAACAAGUAUCUUACGAUUUGAAGCUGUAAUUAACAAUUUUAAACAAAAAAAACACGAAAUUAAAAGUUGAGAUAACUUUAUCGAUCGCAAAGAUGCGUUCUUUUUAAUGUCGUCUUCUGACGCGAUAUAGAAAAUAUAUUAAAAGAGACUAAGAGCAAAGCAAUAAGAGGAAAAUAUUAAAAAAAAACCGGAAAUGAACAAAAAAAGUUGACCAUGACUUAUAAUGUAAGCAAGUGUCUCUAUUCGUUUUUUCCCUCCUCGCUAGAUAAGUUUCCUUUCAAGAUGGCACGUGACGUGAUGCGUCAUCCAAUAUAUAUGGGGUACGUUCCACUAAGCGCUCACAACGAUCAAAAUGCUCCUUUAGUCGUUCCACAUAACGAUCGCGGUCGUUGUGGUCGCGGCGAAAACGUCACUCAUGAAGUCAUUACUAACGCUCACGCGAAGCUCACAACGACCCAUCUGAAAACGUGGGUCGUAGUGAGCGUUGAGAAAAUUAACGGUUUUUUCGAAACUGACAACAAUAAAAAUGGCGACCGUGAAACUGACAUGAAGGAUUACAGAUUAAAUCUUAACCUCUUUAAUCUUUUACUUUCUUUUCACUACCUCGCCAUUUGUAUUAUUACCUCCACGCUCAAAACGCACCAUAGUCCAUUCCACUUGAAUUUACGACAGUAACGCUCGUAGGUAAGUGAAACGGGAAAAACUGUGGUCGUGAGCGUGAUCGUUGUGAGCGCUUAGUGGAACGCACCCAUGUAAUACGCAAUAUUCCCGCGAUACUUACAUCAGUAUUUGGAUAUGCAUAGAGUAACAUACAACUAAAAGUUAAUUAUUUAGCAUUUAUUCGUAAAUGAUACGUUAAUGCGACGAAGAGACAAUUUUCGCUAGAUAAUUAAAUAAAUAGAAAGAUAAAAUAUAUCUUUAUCCAUCCAUGUAAUGAGAAAUUACUAAUUUAUAGUUUAUUUAAA